CAAUCUUCAUACGGAAUGAAUACAGAUGUUAGUCAAUUUCAAAUCGGAAUGAAUCCAGAUGCUAGUCAAUUUCAAAUUGGAAUGAAUCCAGAUGCUAGUCAAUUUCAAAUCGGAAUGAAUCCAGAUGCUAGUCAAUUUCAAAUUGGAAUGAAUUUAGAUACUAGUCAACCUUCAAUUGGAAUGAAUUCAGAUGCUAGUCAAUUUCAAAUUGGAAUGAAUCCAGAUGCUAGUCAAUUUCAAACCGGAAUGAAUCCAAAUGCUAGUCAAUUUCGAAUCAGAAUGAAUCUAGAUGCUAGUCAAUUUCAAACCGGAAUGAAUCUAAAUGCUAGUCAAUUUCAAAUCAGAAUGAAUCUAGAUGCUAGUCAAUUUCAAAUCGGAAUGAAUUCAGAUACUAGUCAACUUUCAAUCGGAAUGAAUUCAGAUACUAGUCAACCUUCAAUCGGAAUGAAUCCAGAUGCUAGUCAAUUUUCAAUCGGAAUG